CGGACGCUGAUAACCCGUAUUUUAGAGCUAUGGAGAGUAUGGAGGUACAGGGGAGCCCCUCCCAGAACGAGCUGCUAGCUCUGGAAACAUAUGACGUAGAAGAGCUACUGUGGAGACCUUCAAUUUCAGAUCUCCUCAGAGUGGGUGCCUUCAAAAGAGAAAAUGCCACCCAAACAGAUGUGACUGAAGUAUUAGAGCUGAAGGAGUUGACAAAUGUAAUACAAAAUGUAGUAAAGUCGAUGGAUGAUCUGAAGAAAGAUGUGAUUCUUCAGAAGAGCAUUCUGCGAGCCGAACAUGAGCAGAAGAUACAGGCGCAGGCAGUGGAACUUUAUGGUAGGAUGAACGAUGCUGUGCGAGACCUUGAAGCUGUUCACAAAAAGAAAGUAUCUAACCUGAGAAGAAGCUUCCAGAUGCAGCUAAUUAACGCUCUUGCUGUCAUAAAGGCAAAGUAUGAGCAUAAUCCUUCAGACAGCAAUGGGAUAAAUUCCUCCCAUAGUGCAUCUUCAGUAAAGAUCGAUGCCCUUAAAAAGAAACUUGAUGAACAGGAGACUUUAAUUCAGUCUUUGAACGCACUUAUCUUAGAAAUGGAAGAAAAUGAGCAACCAAAACAGAUUGUCUUCGAAUCAGAAGAUGACCCAGAAAAAGAGAGACUUUUGGAAGAAAAUCGAGAAAUGAAAGAAGAAGUUGACGCUCUGCAGGGUAAAAUCGAGCAGCUGGAAAAUGGUCUACUGCAGAAAGAGAAGCAUAUUCAGAUGCUGGAUCUAGAUGUGGGCUCCAUGAAACAGAAAAUGGAAAAAGACCAAAAGACCAUUGAGAAGCUGUCUUCUGAACAAGAUAAUUUGAACUCGGUACUCGAGGAGAAGUCUGCAGCCAUUGCACAGCUACAGCAUCAAAAAGAAGAGGUAGAAAAUAUUAUGAAAACAAAACUUACUGAAAAAGAAAGAGAGCAAACUCGUAUACAACAAGAACAUGAAGCCCGACUACGUGAACAUGGAAAUAAAGUCCAAGAAGACUUACAAAAACAAAGACAACUGCUGCUCCUUGAAACUGAACAAUUGAAAAAAAUGCAAAAACAACAACUAAUUCCUAAAGCUCCGAAAGCUGAUGUGGCGAAUCUCAGUGCAGAUAAAGAACAGCUGCUCACUCAGAUUAAAAAACUUACAUUCAUGAAUGAAGAUCAGGAAAAGAGCAUUGAACGGCUUCGGAGAGAGCUAGAGAGAGUUAACAAAGCCUGGGAAAAGAAAUUUGAAAUAUUAAAGCACAGCUUCCAUGCUAUUAAAGAUGAAAUGUUCCUCAGACAGUCUCUUCACCGCCAGGCCAUGAAUCUUCACCGAGUGUCUGUCAGUUAUAUGGAAGAUGGCAGAUUGGUUGCACCGACUACAAGACUGCCUGCAAAACAGAACUUCUGUUUUCCUACUUUACCACUGCCCCAAAUAGGAGCCAGGCCUCUGUCUCCAAUGCAGAUGUCACAUUUUACUGAGAGCUACGUAGGUGUACAAGAGGAAGACCUAUUUACUGACAAUGAACUGCAGGUGGUAUCUGACGAUACUGAAGGAAAUUUGGAAGGGUUCCCCACUUUCCUACCUCCAGUGAAUUAAAAGACACAUUUUCGUUUUCCACUGGAAUGUCCUCAUAUUUAAUAAAUCUAACAAGCAGACAUACUGGUGACACACUCAUAGCUAUGUAUUGUAUUGGUGAAUAAAAAUGUGAUAA